AUGGCAGCGAACCCAAGCACAAACACACCUCCUUUUGAGUGCCCGUCAUGGGCAGGAAAACCGCCUCCAGGACUUCAUUUGGACGUUGUCAAAGGAGACAAACUUAUAGAGAAGCUCAUUAUCGAUGAAAAAAAGUUCUAUCUCUUUGGGCGAAACCCAGACCAUUGUGACUUCACAAUAGACCACCAGUCCUGUUCCCGUGUUCACGCGGCCCUGGUCUACCACAGACACCUCAAAAGGGUUUUUCUCAUCGACCUCAACAGCACGCAUGGAACGUUUUUGGGUCGGAUCCGUCUGGAGCCCCACAAGCCGCAGCAGGUGCCUAUCGACUCCACGAUGUCGUUCGGGGCGUCCACGCGGGUUUACACGCUGAGGGAGAAACCGCAGAGCCAGCCCAGCGCCCUGGUCGGGGAGAACAAAGGGACGGAGGACGAGGAGCUCAAAGGACUGCUCGGCCUCCCAGAGGAGGAGACAGAGUUAGAGAACCUGACUGAGUUCAACACUGCCCACAAUAAGAGAAUCUCCACACUGACCAUAGAGGAGGGCAAUCUGGACAUCCAGAGACCAAAGAGGAAGAGGAGAAGCUCGCGAGUGUCCUUCAGCGAGGAAGAGGAGAUCAUAAACCCAGAGGACAUCGACCCUUCCGUCGGACGUUUCCGGAACAUGGUACAGACGGCUGUCGUCCCACUAAAGAAGAAGAAGAUGGAGGGCCACAGCGCGCUGGGUCUAGAGGACAGCGUCGCGCGACGAAUGCAUAACUUCCCUCUCGCCGCUGGUCUCUACGGCGACCUCCCCCCAACCAGCACCGAGGCAGGUCACCAGUCCGCCGGGACCCACGGCGGGUCCGCCCUGCUGGGGGGGCUGCCUUUGCCCUUCCCUAACCCUGCUCCGGAGGUCGACCUGUCUCCCACCUCCGUUCAACCUCCGGUCGUCCUAAAACCCACGCCCGCUCCGGGACCCUUCACGGCUGAAUCGCUCAACGAGCCGCGCAAGAAAAAAUACGCCAAGGAGGCGUGGCCCGGCAAGAAACCCACCCCUUCUCUCCUCAUCUGAUUCGCUCUGCUUUCCUCUGAACAUUGUGGUAACGGUGACGAGAUGGCGGUCUUUC